AAGGGGACUUGCAGAGUUUGGACAAGAGCUCCCGACACGGCAGCUGAACUGAGCUCCUUCAUAACUUCAGAACAAGAGUGUGAGCUCCUUCAAACUUCAGAACAAGAGUGUGAUAAGCUCAGAAGGUCCAAAAGGACGGUGGAGGUCACAUUGAAGGGAGCGAGAGCAUCUUUGACAGCAUCUAAACUUUUCCACCGUUUUUCUCCUUUAAAAAAAAGGAAGACAAUAUUGGCUUUUUCAUCACUAUCUUGUUACUGUUUUUAGCGAGCCAAUGUCUCUCCCUUUACCUCAAUAUUCAUCCUGAGGUUCUGAGCGGAGACACAAACUAUUACAACUUUGUUGGCGACACGUCAUAGACCGUUCGGUCUGAAAAUGGGCAUCAAGCGUGUGCCAUUGUUGCUUGUGCAGGUACUUCUCCUGGUGGCUGUGUCCUCCGGGCAGAACACGGGGACCGAGGGGACAAAAGAGGAGAUCCCAGAAGGAGCGUCCACCCUGGCGUUCGUCUUUGAUGUCACCGGCUCCAUGUACGAUGAUCUCGUGCAGGUUAUUGAAGGGGCAUCCAAGAUUUUGGAGAUGUCGCAGAGUAGAACAAAGAGACCCCUCUACAACUAUGCAUUGGUUCCCUUCCACGACCCGGAAAUAGGACCGGUAACCAUCACAACGGAUCCAAAGAAGUUUCAGUUUGAACUGAGGGAGCUGUACGUCCAGGGAGGUGGAGACUGCCCAGAAAUGAGCAUUGGCGCCAUCAAGAUCGCCCUGGAGAUCUCCCUGCCAGGGUCCUUCAUUUACGUGUUCACAGAUGCUCGAUCCAAAGACUACAAGCUGACCCAGGAGGUCCUGCAGCUCAUCCAGCAGAAACAGUCUCAGGUGGUGUUUGUGCUGACAGGGGACUGUGAUGACCGGGCUCACAUUGGGUACAAGGUCUACGAAGAGAUCGCCUCCACCAGCUCUGGACAGGUGUUCCACCUGGACAAGAAACAAGUCAACGAGGUGUUGAAAUGGGUGGAAGAGGCAGUGCAGUCGUCCAAGGUCCACCUGCUGUCCACUGACCACUACAACGGGGUCAGCAACACCUGGCCGAUCCCCUUUGACCCCAGCCUGAAGGAGGUCACUGUGGCACUCAGCGGCCCCGCACCUGACAUCGAGAUACGCAACCCCCAGGGGAAGCUCGUCGGGAAGAGCGAUGGUCUGACGGAACUCCUGCACAUUCCUAACUCUGCCAGAGUCGUCAACAUCAAGGAUCCGGAGCCUGGAAUGUGGUCCAUUAAGACGUCUAGCGAGGGCAGACACUCAGUCCGGAUCUCAGGAGUCAGCACCAUCGACUUCCGGGCCGGAUUUUCCAGGAAGCCCACUCUGGACUUCAAGAUGACCUCCAGCCGGCCAGUUCAAGGUAUCGCCACUUACAUCCUGCUGAACACCACAGGGCUGUCCCAUCCGGCGCGAGCUGAUAGGCUGGAGCUUGUAUCAAUCACAGGCGGUGUGAUUAAGACUCUCCCAGUGCGGUACUAUCCCAACACUGGGACGGGAAGUCCCCUGACAGGAACCAUCUGGAACAUCACAGAGUUUGUCCCGCCGAAAGAGGCCUUCUUCCUGCGGGUCACAGGUUAUGACAAGGACGGCUUCCUGUUCCAGAGGGUCUCCAGUGUGUCCUUCUCCAGUAUUGUUCCUGAUGCACCUAAGGUUGUGAUGCCCCCCACCACCCCGGGGUACUACCUGCAGAGAGGGACCAUCUCCUGCCAGGUAGACAGCCUCCUCCCCUUCACCCUGCGCUUCACCAGGGAGGGGAAAAGCCUGGGUGUCGAUCAGCUCUUCAGGGAGUCAGCCAAUGCAUUGUGGGACCUGGCCCAGGUGACUCUGACGGAUGAGGGCUUCUACGAGUGCAUCGCCAUCAGCAACGCUGGGACAGGACAUGCCCGAACCUUCCUGGAUGUCUCAGAGCCCCCUCCAGCAAUCACAGUGGGCGGUAAUGUGACAGCGACUCCAGGUUCCAGUGCUGUUCUGACCUGCCAUGUGGCCAGUACGGUCCAGUUCAACCUGACCUGGCACAGAGGGGGUGUUGACGCCCGGCUAGACCCCCGCCGGCGCCCCCUGGCCAACCUCUCACUGGACAUAAACUCCAUUGGCCCCGAUGACGCCGGCUGGUACGAGUGUGUCGCCACCAACGAGGGAGGAGUUUCAAUCGAACGCAUCUACCUCAUCGUGCAAGAGCCCCCCCAGGUGUCAGUGGACCCCCGGCACCAGACCUUUACCACGGGACAGGAAGUGAGGAUCAGGUGCUCGGCCAGAGGUUACCCCGCCCCCCACCUGGUCUGGACACACAACGACAUGUUCCUCAUGGGUUCCAGCAGACACAGAAUGACCCCUGAUGGGAGUCUGAUCAUCAGGAACAUGGAACAGAAGGAUGCUGGGGUGUACGGCUGUCUGGCCAGCAACCUGGCUGGGACAGACACUCAAACAUCCGUCCUCACCUAUAUCGAGUCCCCUGUGGUGAUCGUGGUGCUGAGUGAGAUUCUGAUUGGUCUAGGAGAAACCACCAUCUUGGCAUGCUCCGCCUCAGGGAUCCCCCAGCCGGAGAUCAGGUGGUUCAAAGGCGACCUGCUGCUGCGGCCAUCAUCCUACAUGGAUAUUGACCCCCUGGGAGGGACUCUGACGAUCAAGGAGACACAGGACGUUGAUGCGGGGGACUACACCUGUGUGGCUGCGAACCCUUCAGGAACCUCCUCACCUGGGAAGAUCACCCUGGAUGUAGGAUCUGCACCCCAGUUCACCAGAGAACCGUCUGACGUGGCGGCGGACAUUGGCUCUAACGUGACCCUGCCGUGCCACGUGCAGGGGUACCCCGAACCGCAGAUCACCUGGAGGAGGGAGGACAACGCACCCAUCUUCACCAGACGCCCCACACACAGCACCAUCACACAGAAGACAGGAGGGGACCUGCAAAUCAGCAAUCUGUGGGUGGAGGAUGAGACGGUGUAUGUGUGUGAGGCCCAGAACCAGUUUGGGAGGAUCCAGACACACGCCAGAGUCACUGUCACCGGACUGGUGUACCCGGUGAUUGGCCACAGUCCGGGGGUGCUGAAUGUGAUCAAGGAGCAGCAGGUGACUCUGCCCUGUGUGCUGCUGGCGGGAAACCCCCUACCUGAGAGACGCUGGCUACACAACCACGGCCUGGUGAGCUCCAGCCCAUAUGUGACGGUGCGCAGAGACGGCAGCCUGCAUAUAGAACACGUUCGUCUGGAGGAAGGAGGAGAAUACACCUGCCUGGCAGAGAACGUGCUGGGCUCCAGCAACCACACCACCACCCUCAACAUCUAUGGUAAGACCACAAUACCAUGGUUAACAUCUACUAUACGACCACAGUACCUAUGUCGCUACAUUACCUUACGAGGGGAGCUGUUGAAUGUCGGUGGUCUGUCUUUCUCUCUGGGGUCUGACGGCAGCCUCCACAUCACCUCCCCCACCGGGGAAGAGUCUGGGGAGUUUGUCUGCACUGCAACCAACGCAGCCGGCUACAGGUCCAAGAAGGUCCAGCUCACUGUCUACGUGCGUCCCAGGCAGAGCGGGGUCUCUGGAGGGGUGGGGAGCAACGGUGGGGCCCUGGAGGUGUCUGUCAUCGAGGGAGAGGACGUGACCCUGCCCUGUGAGGUCCAAAGUAUCCCCCCUCCAAUCAUCACCUGGGCCAAGGAGAAACAGCUCAUCUCCCCCUUCUCACCCAGACACACGCAGCUGCCCUCUGGUUCCAUGAAGAUCCUGGAGAGCCGAGUAUCAGAUAGUGGUCUGUACGUGUGUGUGGCCUCUAACAUCGCAGGCAACUUCACCCAGAACAUUCUCCUCAGUGUCCUCGUCCCCCCCAGUAUCCAAGCUGGCCCGAGGGUGUUGAAGGUGCAGGUGGAGCAUCCUGUGGAUCUUCCCUGUGUGGCACGGGGGGUUCCACAGCCCUUCCUGGCCUGGCUGAAGGAUGGCUCCGCCCUGGUGGUGGACGGGACACAUUAUAGGACCUCCCUCGAUGGCUCUCUGACCUUAGGCCAGGUGGGGCUGAGUGAUCAAGGGACUUACACCUGCCUGGCCACCAGCAUCGCUGGAAGAGACCAGGCCAAUGUACAGCUGCAGGUGCAAGUUCCCCCCGUGGUUGAUGUCCUGGAGCCCCCCUUCAACAGCCCCCACCAGGAGAGAGUAGCAAACCAGCGCAUCGCUUUCCCCUGCCCAGCCAAAGGCACUCCUACCCCUGUGAUCAAGUGGUUGCGUAACGGUCAGGAGCUGACAGGGAACGAACCCGGUCUGACCAUCAUGGAGGAUGGAACCCUUCUCAUACUGGCAUCAGUGUCUCAGCUGGACAACGGAGAGUAUGUCUGCACUGCCGCCAACGAGGCUGGCACCACCCAGAAGAAGUACCAGCUCAAAGUCAACGUGCCUCCAGAUCUCCGUGACAACGGGUCGCCGGGCAACGUGUCGGUGGUUCUGAACCAGCCCACCAACCUGGUGUGUGAUGUCACAGGAAGUCCCGUUCCCGUCAUCACCUGGUACAAGGAUGGCGUUCCUGUGGUUCCCAGUAGCAGUGUUCAGAUCUUGCAGCGUGGGAAGACCCUGAGGCUAUUGAAGGCCGCCAUGGCAGACACAGGAAGUUAUAGCUGCAAGGCCAUAAACAUCGCAGGAAGUACAGAGAAGGACUUCCUUCUGGAAGUGCUUGUCCCCCCCACCAUCGUAGGGACUGGCUCCCCUCGGGAUGUGUCGGCAGUGCUCAACCAGGAGAUCAGUCUGGACUGUAAGGUCAAAGGAACUCCCUUUCCCACAAUCCAGUGGUACAAAGACAGGAAACUGGUGUUCCUAGGUGACCCCAACAUAGAGGUCAGCAACAAGGGCCAGACAUUGAAAAUAAAGAGUGCUCGCCUCGGAGACCAGGCACACUACCAGUGUAGUGUCACCAACGCAGCGGGCAAACAGACCAAAGACUUCAACCUCAGUGUCUACGUCCCUCCCACUAUAAAGGGUGGUAACGUGACCUCAGAGGUCACCACCCUCCUGGAUAAUGUAGUAAUGCUGGAGUGUGAGGCGCGCGGCGUUCCGCUCCCCGCCAUCACCUGGUACCGUAACGGAGAGGCCAUCCUGUCCAGCUACCAGGCACAGUACGUGGACCGAGGUCACUUCCUGCGGAUCCCACGCGCCCAGGCAUCUGACACUGGUCAGUUCAGCUGCAGGGUCACCAGUGUGGCGGGCACUGCAGAGAAGAACUUUGAGCUGGACGUGUACCUUCCUCCUUCCAUCAAGGGGGGGCAGGACACCGCUACAGAGAGAAAGGUGGUACUCACUAAGCCCCUUAACCUGGAGUGUGAGGUAGGGGGGCACCCUCCACCCACCCUGACAUGGUUGAAGGAUGGCGUACCCGUCCGGAAUGGGGAAAGCAUCAACAUUCUGGAGCAAGGCCGGAAAAUCGAGAUCCUCUCUGCUUCUGUGUCCGACGCCGGCCGCUAUGUCUGCGUGGCAACCAGCGUUGCCGGGGAGAAGGAGAUCAACUAUGACGUCAGUGUCCUAGUUCCCCCUGUGGUGGAGGGAGGGGAGGAGGUCACGGACACCACGGUCAUCAUCAACAACCUCCUGGAACUAGAGUGUCGUGCCACGGGAACACCUUCACCCAUCCUAACGUGGUUUAAGGACGGUCAGCCGGUCAGGCAGGGCGAGGGGGUGAGGGUCACGGCUAACGGCCGUCGGCUGGUCAUCUCUCGGCCCCAGGUCUCAGACACGGCACGCUUCCAGUGUGUGGCAACCAACGAGGCCGGAGACCAUAAGAGGGACUUCAAUGUGGCCGUCCAUGUCCCUCCAUCCAUCCGCUCCACCGGUGCCUCUGAGAGGUCUGUGGUCCUCCACAAGCCCAUCAGCCUCCAGUGUGUUCCCAAUGGCACCCCUCUCCCCAGCAUCACCUGGCUCAAAGAUGGCCGCCCUGUGGACACCGCCCAGGAGCACCUGAAGCUGGAGUCGGCCGGUAGGACACUGCAUAUCACGGAGGCCAGACUAGAGGAUGCUGGGAGAUAUACAUGUGUGGCAACGAACGCAGCAGGAGAGACCCAGCAACACAUGCGCCUCAGUGUCCAUGAGCCUCCAAGCGUCCCUUAUUCUGGAGAGACCUUCAAUGAGACCAUCAUAGCAGGCUACCCCAUCCAGCUGGAGUGCAAGGCCACAGGGAGUCCAGUUCCUGCCAUCACCUGGUACAAGGACGGUCGCCCUCUAACCAGCGCAGCCGGGGUGACCAUCCUGAAGCGCGGUCAGCUGCUGGAGAUCGACCGUGCUCAGCUGUCCGACGCCGGGCUGUACCGGUGUAUAGCGGUCAACGUGGCCGGAACCUCAGAGCUCUCUCACAGGCUGCAGGUGUACGUGCCACCUGCCAUCUCCAGCCGCAGUGCCAUGGUGACGGUGGUGGUGAACGACCCUGCCAGACUGGAGUGUGAGGCCACCGGCGUUCCUCUGCCAAGUCUCACCUGGCUCAAAGAUGGCAGCCCUGUUGCCAGUGUCUCCGAUGGCAUACAGGUGUUGUCCGGUGGUACAGUGCUGUCUCUCAGCAGUGCUCAGGUCAGUGAUACAGGGAAGUACACCUGUGUGGCUGUCAACGCAGGAGGAGAGCAGCAGAGAGAAUAUGACCUGAGGGUGUACGUGCCACCCAACAUCAUGGGUGAGGAGGUGAAUGCCACUGUAAUGCUGGGUCGCUCGGUAGAGCUGCGUUGCCAGAGUGACGCGAUCCCUCCUCCCACUCUGUCCUGGCGCAAAGAUGGCCGCCCGCUCUUCAGGAAGCCAGGACUGACCGUGUCGGAGGAUGGGAGUGUGCUGAAGAUUGACAGUGCUCAGGUGCAGGACUCCGGCAGAUACACCUGUGAGGCCACCAAUAUCGCUGGCAAGACUGAGAAGAACUACAACCUCAAUGUCUGGGUCUCUCCCAGUAUCCGGGGUUCAGAGGAUGUGUCUCCCAUGACAGUGAUUGAGGGAAGUCUGAUCACUCUGGUGUGUGAGUCCAGUGGCAUUCCACCUCCCAGCCUCACCUGGCGCAAGAACGGUUCAGAGUUGAAGUCGGACUCGAGGGUCCGGGCCCUGUCGGGGGGUCGUCAGCUACAGAUCUCCGGUGCUGAGAGGACAGACUCCGCCUCUUACACCUGCAUCGCCUCCAACGCCGCCGGCAACGCAGCCAAGGAGUACAGCCUGCAGGUGUAUGUCCGCCCUUCCAUCAGACUCAGUGAGGGGACCGCAGGAAAUGACAUCACCAUGACAAGGGGAGGAGACAUCACCCUGCAGUGCGAGGCUGACGGCGUGCCCCGCCCAGCGGUCACAUGGCUGAAGGACGGUAGACCAAUCACAGGCCAGCGUGGGGCUCAGGUGCUAAAUGAGGGGCGGCUACUACAAAUCAAGGACGCCAAGGUUUGGGACACGGGGCGCUACACGUGUGUGGCGGUGAAUGUGGCGGGACAGGCCGACAGCAAGCAUGAUGUCAAUGUACACGUCCCCCCCAGUAUCAGUGGUCAGACCCAGGUCCCAGAGAAUGUGAGUGUGGUGGUGAACAACCCUGUGGCUCUGACCUGUGAGGCCUCCGGCAUCCCCCUUCCUGCUAUCACCUGGCUGAAGGACGGACGGCCAAUCAGAGCCUCCAGCUCUGUCCGCGUCCUCUCAGGAGGGCGGAGCCUUCGUCUGAUGCACGCAGCAGUGGAGGAUGCUGGGAGAUACAGCUGCAUUGUGUCCAACACGGCCGGAGAGGAGAGGAAGAACUUUGACCUGGACAUCCUGGUCCCCCCUAGCAUUGUGGAUGAAGGCACGGUGCAGGAUGCCAAGGUCAAGGAGAAACACAAUGUGACACUGACCUGUGAGGUUGCAGGUAACCCAGUGCCGGAGAUCACCUGGCUGAAGGACGGACAGUCAUUAGGGACAGACAGACGUCACCAGGUGUUGUCUCACGGACGGUACCUGCAGAUAUCUGGUGCCCAGGUGGAUGACACGGGCAGGUACAGCUGCCUGGCACACAACAGAGCAGGAGACCGCAGCAGACACUUCAACCUCAAUGUACUGGUGUCUCCCACCAUCGUGGGCUCAGGUCCCGAGGGUUCGGCUGAAGAGGUGACGGUCACCCUGAGCAGCCCCACGUCUCUGGUGUGUGAGGUGCAGUCCUACCCCCCUGCCCUCAUCACAUGGCUCAAGGAUGGGACGCCGUUGGAGUCCAGCCACAACGUCCGAGUGCUGCCAGGUGGGCGGACCCUGCAGAUCCUGAAUGCCAAGGAGGAGGAUGCUGGGAGGUACACUUGUGUGGCCACUAAUGAGGCUGGAGACAGCCUGAAGAACUACGAGGUCAAAGUUUACAUUCCUCCCCAAAUCAAUAAGAAUGAUGUCCCAGGUGAGGGGCUGGCCCCCAAGGAGGUCAAGAUAAAGGUCAACAACACUCUGACCCUGGAGUGUGAGGCUCAGGCCAUCCCUACACCCUCACUGCAAUGGUACAAAGACGGACAGGUGCUAAGGGCAGAUGACCAUGUGACAAUUAAUGCCAACGGUCGUACUGUCAGAAUCAAACAUGCUCAGGUGUCCGACACUGGACGCUACACCUGCGUAGCAACCAACAUCGCCGGGGAGGACGAGAAGGACUUUGAUAUAAAUAUACAAGUCCCUCCUAGUUUCCAGCGUCCCGGGGGGGUGGGAGAUACCACCUCGACACCAGGCACUGGGGGUGAUGUUAAGGAUGUGGUACUAAACAACCCUAUCUCUCUGUACUGUGAGACCAACGCUGUUCCCCCGCCCACACUCACCUGGUACAAAGAUGGACGCCCAAUGGCCUCCAACGAAAACGUGCUCAUCAUGCCUGGUGGGCGAGUGCUGCAGAUCCCCAGGGCUCAGGCUGAGGAUUCUGGGAGAUAUACGUGCUUGGCGGUGAACGAGGCGGGAGAGGACUCCAUCCAGUAUGAUGUCAGAGUGCUGGUGCCCCCCUCAAUCCGCGGGGUGGACCGUGACCUACCUGAGGAGAUGGUGAUCCAGGUGAAUAAGACCACAGUGUUGGAGUGUCAAGCGGACGGAAGUCCCACCCCUAAAAUCACCUGGCUGAAGGACAGUCAGCCAAUAAGCCCUAAAGGACCCCACAGACUGCUGUCCAAUGGACGCUCCCUGCAGGUGGUGAAUGCCCAGGUGACAGACACAGGCCACUAUGUGUGUGUGGCUGAUAACCUGGCGGGAAGCGCAGAGAAAUCCUUCAAUCUCAACGUCCAUGUCCCCCCCACCAUAGUGGGAGCUAGCCCAGAGAACGUGACGGUGGUGGUGAAUAACUUUGUGUCUCUGACUUGUGAGGCUACCGGGUUCCCCCCUCCCUCUCUGAGCUGGGUCAAAGACAGGGGUCCUGUACAGGCCAAUACCAACGCACUCAUCAUGCCAGGUGGCCGCACCCUGCAGAUUCUGAGGGCUAAGAUGUCUGACGGGGGGAUGUACAGCUGUGUAGCCAUGAACCCCGCUGGAGAGGCCAGGAAAAUCCUCCACCUCACUGUGUUUGUCCCUCCCAGUAUCAGAGACAGCAGUGGGGACUCUCCUGUGGUGGUGAGUGUGCGUGUGGGCAACUCAGUGACUCUGGAGUGUGAGUCCAACGCUGUGCCCCCUCCCACCAUCACCUGGUACAAGAACGGUCGGAUGGUGACAGAGUCUGCCAACCUCCGCAUCCUGGCACAGGGACAGAUGCUGGAGCUGAAGGGGGCAGAGGUGUCUGACACUGGCCAGUACGUCUGCAAGGCCACCAACGUGGCCGGACAGGUGGACAAGAACUUCCACCUCAACAUCUACGUGCCCCCCAAUAUAGACGGUCCAGUGGAGGAGAAGAUAGUGGAGACCAUCAGCAACCCUGUCACCUUUGCCUGUGACGCCACAGGCAUCCCCCCUCCCAGCCUCAUCUGGCUCAAGAACGGUCGGACCAUAGAGAACUCAGAGUCUCUGGAGCUGCACAUCCUGUCUGGAGGCAGUAAGCUGCAGAUCGCCCGCUCCCAGCUCUCAGACUCUGGGACCUACACCUGUAUGGCUUCCAACGUGGAGGGCAAGGCUCGAAAGAGUUACCACCUCACCAUACAAGUCCCUCCCAGCAUCUCAGGAUCGGAGAUGCCCAGUGAGGUGGGGGUGCUGCUGAAUGACAGCGUCCAGCUGGUGUGUCGCUCUCAGGGAACCCCGCCCCCCUCCAUCCAGUGGCUGAAGGAUGGAAAGGCCCUCAAGGCAGGAUCCAGGGGACUCAGGAUCAGUCUAGAUGGCAGCACUCUGACUGUGUCUGGAGCUCACACCUCUGACAGUGGGAAGUACACCUGUGUAGCCACCAACAAGGCUGGAGAAGAGGACCGGAUAUUCAACCUCAAUGUCUAUGUGCCUCCUGUGAUCAAGGGGAACAGUGAUACGGCUGUGGAUUUGACCACCGUUCUAGACAGCUCCAUCAACAUAGAGUGUGUUGCCGUGGGCUACCCUCCACCUCAGCUCAACUGGCUGAAGAACGGACUGCCUCUCCCCGUCUCCUCACAGAUACGCCUGCUCUCUGGCGGACAGGUGCUCAGGAUUGCGAGGGCUCAACUCUCAGAUGGCGGCACCUUUACCUGUGUGGCAUCCAACAGGGCUGGUGUGGACAACAGGCACUACAACCUACAGGUUCACGUUCCUCCCAGCCUGGAUGGGGUGGGGAGUAAGGAGGACGUGACGGUGGUGAGAGGGAACCUGGCCUCCCUACUAUGUAUAGCUGAUGGAACUCCAAGCCCCUCCAUGUCCUGGAUGAGAGAGGGGGAGGCCCUGGUCCCUGGACCCCACAUCAAGCUGCUCAAUGUGGGCACCACGGUACAGAUCAUCCAGGCCAGGGUGGAGGAUACGGGACGCUACACCUGUGUGGCAAGAAACAGCGCUGGCCAAGCCAGCCGACACUUCCACCUCAAAGUACUGGACCCCCCUCGUAUCAACGGUUCGGGCGUGGCAGCGGAGGUGUCUGUGGUAGUGAACCAUGUUCUGGAGCUGCUGUGUGAAGCCACAGGUAUCCCCGCCCCCACCCUCACCUGGAUGAAGGACGGACGGCCGCUCCCCCAGACAGACAGCCUGCGCGUCUUCAGAGGAGGGGAGGUGCUCAGGAUCUCCUCCCCACAGCUGGAGGACACAGGGAGGUACACCUGUCUGGCCAACAGUCCUGCAGGAGACGACGAUAAAGACUUCCUGGUCCGUGUGCAUGUUCCCCCUAACAUCGCUGGGGAGAGCACGCCACAGAAUGUGUCAGUGCUGCAGAACAGACAGGUGACUCUGGAGUGCAAGUCAGACGCUGUCCCUCCCCCAGCACUCACAUGGCUCAAAGACGGCAAACCACUCCAGGCCUCCCCUCGUGUGCGUAUACUGUCCAAUGCGCGUUACCUCCAGAUCAAUAUGGCUGAGCUGGGGGAUGGAGCUCAGUACACAUGUGUAGCCAGCAACAUUGCUGGCAAGACCACACGACAGUUCAACCUGGCUGUUAAUGUUGCUCCCACCAUAGCAGAGGGCCCUCUGACUGUAGCCGUCCACAUAGACCAGCCUGUGGUGUUGGAAUGUAUCGUGAGUGGAGUGCCCGCCCCCCGUGUCACCUGGAGGAAACAUGGAGCCAUACUGGCAGGAACCAACCCCAGGUACAUGUUUGCUGAGGAUGGCUCGCUCCACGUCCCCUCAGCCCAGGUGACUGAUACAGGAAGGUAUCUGUGUAUGGCCACCAACCAGGCUGGGACACAACGCAAGAGAGUCGACCUGCAAGUCCACGUUCCCCCCUCUAUCUCCCGCGGUCCCACCAACAUAACCGUGACAGUGAACGUUCAGACUACCCUCUCCUGCGAGGCUACGGGCAUCCCCAAGCCCACGGUCAGCUGGACCAAGAACGGUCAAACACUCAACACAGACCACAACCAGAAUAUGUACAGGUUAUUGUCGUCAGGUUCUCUGGUGGUCAUAGCCCCCACAGUGGAGGACACAGCUGAGUAUGAGUGUGUGGUGUCUAACGAGGCAGGAGAGGAGGCCAGAGCCAUACAGCUCACUGUCCAGGUUCCUCCCUCCAUAGCGGAUGAAGCCACAGAGCUGGUGGUGAGCAGACUGUCCCCACUGGUGAUUGGCUGCACUGCGUCAGGAGUCCCAGAGCCCAUGCUGCAGUGGAGUAAAGAUGGGAUGAAACUCCCCAAGGAGGGGAACAGUUACAGCAUCCUGUCCUCAGGUGCAAUAGAGAUCACGUCAUCUGAGCUGAGUCACUCUGGUCGUUAUUCCUGUGUGGCCAAGAACGCAGCAGGCUCCGCCCAUCGCCAUGUCCAGCUCACUGUACAGGAGGUGCCAGUGAUCCAGGUCCACCCCUCCACUAUGGAUGUGAUCGUUAACAACCCCAUCACCCUCCCCUGCAGAGCUACUGGCUCCCCUCUUCCCACCAUCACCUGGCAGAAAGAGGGCAUCAACAUCCCCAGCACCGAAGGUGUCUUCACCGUGCUGCCUAACGGUGGGCUGCAGAUCUCCAGAGCUGCUGUGGUAGACUCAGGAACAUAUAUGUGUGUGGCCCAGAACCCUGCUGGCACCGCUCUGGGCAAGACCAAACUCAGAGUACAAGUCCCUCCAGUGAUCAGCUCCCAGACCCAGAGUUACCUGGUUACCCUGGACUCCUCUGUCACCAUGCUGUGCCAAGCUGAAGGCUCUCCCUCACCCUCCAUGGCCUGGCAUAAAGACGGGCAGCCUCUCAGCGAGUCUGUGCGCCAGCGGGUCCUGAGCUCAGGGUCUCUGCAGAUAGCAUUCGCCCAGCCCGGGGACACGGGUCGAUACACCUGCACCGCAGCUAACGCAGCUGGCACCAGCAGUCUGGAGAUGAGCCUAACUGUACAGAUCCCUCCCUCUAUCCGUAGAGGGGAGUCGGAGGUGUCUGUGGUGGAGAACAGCCAGGCCCAGAUAGCGUGCGUGGCAGAGGGGGUCCCCCAGCCCACCCUGUCCUGGGAGAAGGAGGGGACACCCUUGAGUGACACCUCUGGAGAGUACACCAUCCUGCCUUCUGGGGAGCUGGUCAUCGACAUCGCUCAGCCUGAUGAUGAGGGCAGCUACACCUGUGUGGCCACUAACACGGUAGGUCAGGACAGCCAGACGGUCCGUUUGUCCGUCCACACCCAGCCUGCCUUCACUGAGUUGCUGGCAGACAUGGCCCUCAACAAGGGAGAACGCCUAGUAAUGGCCUGUGGGGUCACCGGCAUCCCCCCUCCUAAAAUCACCUGGGCCUUCAACAACAUCAUCAUCCCAGCUCACUAUGACCAUGUGAAUGGACACAGUGAGCUGGUCAUCGAGCGGGUUACCAAAGACAACUCGGGAACCUACUCCUGUAUUGCUGAGAACCGUGUGGGAACCAUCAAGUCCCUGGGCUUCGUCUACGUCAAAGAGCCCCCCAUCAUCGACGGGGACUUCCACUCCAACCGAAUCGAGCCUCUGGGGGGUAACGCCAUCCUAAACUGUGAGGUACGAGGAGACCCCCUGCCCACCAUCCAGUGGAGCAAGAAGGGUGUCAACAUCCAGAUCAGCAACCGUAUCCACCAGCUGGACAACGGUUCUCUGGCCAUCUACGGCACCGUGAAUGAAGAUGCAGGGAACUAUAUGUGUGUGGCCACCAACGAUGCUGGGGUGGUGGAGAAGAGUGUCACUCUCACCCUGCAGAGCUCUCCCUCCAUCACAGUAGAGCCGGUAGAGACGGUGGUAGACGCUGGCACCACGGUGCUACUGAACUGCCGGGCGGAAGGGGAGCCCACUCCUGUCAUCGAGUGGUCCCGCCAGGGGAGCCCUCUCCUGGGCAACGAGCGCUUCACCACCCUGUCCAAUGGCUCUCUGAGGCUGACCAGCGCCCAGAAGGAAGACACGGCCGAGUACCAGUGUGUGGCCAGGAACCUCCUGGGUUCUGUGCUGGUCAGAGUCACUCUCACUGUCAGAGUGCACGGAGGGUUCUCAGAAUGGAUGGAGUGGGGCCCCUGCAGUGUGUCCUGUGGUGUCGGGACUCAGCGGAGGCUGAGGCAGUGUAACAACCCCCUGCCUGCCAACGGGGGUCGCCACUGUGCCAAUUCGGACACAGAGACACGCAGCUGCCAGGGCAAGCCCUGCCCAGUGGAUGGUAACUGGUCAGAGUGGUCGUCAUGGGAAGAGUGUUCUCGUACCUGUGGCCAGGGCAACAGGACCAGGGUGCGCACCUGCACCAACCCCUCCGUGCAGCAUGGGGGCAGACCCUGUGAGGGCAAGGCAGUGGAGGCCAUCAUGUGUAGCAUCAGGCCCUGCCCUGUGGCAGGUAACUGGGGGGCGUGGUUGCCAUGGAGCUCGUGCAGUGAGACGUGCGGUAAAGGGAUGCAGACCAGAGUGCGUCUGUGUAACAACCCCCCUUCCUCAUUCCAUGGGCCACCGUGUGAGGGCCCCGACACACAGACACAACUCUGCAAGGAGAGACACUGUCCUGUGGAUGGGAAGUGGUCAUCGUGGGUGAGCUGGGGGGCCUGCAGUGUCUCCUGUGGGGGUGGAACCAGACAACGGACACGCCUCUGUGCCAGCCCCGCCCCCCAGCACAGGGGCAGGCAGUGUGAGGGUAAUGACGUGCACAUCGACUUCUGCAACAGUGACCCGUGCCCUGUUCAUGGUAACUGGGGUCUGUGGAGUAGUUGGGGCAGCUGCAGCAGGACGUGUAAUGGAGGACAGAUGAAGCGUUACAGAACAUGUGACAACCCCAGACCCGCCAAUGGGGGCAGAGCAUGUGCCGGGGCAGACUCACAGAUACAGAGGUGCAGCACAGCCAACUGCCCUGUGGAUGGUAACUGGGGAGCGUGGCAGCCCUGGGGAGAAUGCUCCGCCUCCUGUGCGGGCGGAGAGAGAACUCGAGUCAAACUCUGUAAUAACCCAUCGCCUAGCAACGAGGGCCGCCUCUGCCCAGGAGACUCCACCCAGGUGUCCAGGUGUAACGGCCAAGCGUGUCCAGGCGGGCCUCAGAAGGCGAGAGGCAGCAUCAUAGGAAACAUUAACAACGUGGAGUUUGGAAUUGCCAUCCUCAACGCCACCAUCUCUGACAACCAAUCUGGAGGCAGGGUUAUACACGCCACCAUCUCCAAUGUGCCCCGGAGCCUGGGCCCAGCUAUGAGGAAGCUGAUCUCCAUCCUGAACUCCAUCUAUUGGACGACGGCUCAGGAGCUAGGGGAGGCAGUGAACGGCUACUCUCUGACCAGAGGUGUGUUCAGACGGGAGACACAGGUGGAGUUUGCCACAGGUGAGAUCCUGAGGAUGACCCAUGUGGCUCGGGGGCUGGACUCAGACGGAGCACUGCUAUUGGAUAUCGUGCUGAAUGGACACAUUCUGCAGCUGCCGUCUAAUGCUGACAUCAGCAUCAAGGACUACACAGAGGACUACAUUCAGACUGGUCCAGGCCAGCUGUAUGCUCUGUCCACCCGGAUGUUCAGUAUUGACCGGGUCAGUGUGCCCUACUCCUGGAACCACACAAUCACCUACGACCCUGCCAAGGGAAAGAUGCCCUACCUGGUGGAGACGCUCCAUGCCUCGGCCAUCAGCGCCCACUACCGCCCCCUAGAGGAAGUCCUGGAAUACAAGCUCCAUGCCACCAUCACCAAGGGUGACCGUAGUAACCAGUGUCCCGUUGGCUUCAGGCUGGACUCUGCAGGACCCUACUGUGCAGAUGAGGAUGAGUGUAAGGAGAGGAGCCCUUGUUCUCAUGUCUGUCACAAUGCCAUGGGAACCUACUAUUGCUCCUGUCCCCGAGGACUCACCAUCUCAGCUGACGGCAGGACCUGUCAGGACAUUGAUGAGUGUUCUCUGGGUGGGCACAUGUGCCAUGACGGGCAGGACUGUGAGAACACUAUUGGCUCCUACCGCUGUGUGAUGCGCUGUGGGCGGGGCUUCAGAAGGACAGCCGAUGGACACAGUUGCCAAGAUGUCAAUGAGUGCCAGGAGUCUAACCCGUGUAACCAGCACUGUCUGAACACCAUCGGUAGCUACCGCUGUGCCUGUGAGCCCGGGUACCAACUCAGAAACCGCCGCUGUAUAGACAUAAACGAGUGCAGACAGAGGGUGUGUCGUUCAGACCAGCAGUGUAAGAACAUGCGGGGAAGCUACACAUGUAUUGACCUUUGCCCUGCUGGCAUGACCAAAGGUGCCAAUGGGACGUGUGUGGAUAUAGAUGAAUGCAGAGACGGGACACAUCAGUGCAGAUACAACCAGAUCUGUGAGAACAGCAGAGGGAGCUACCAUUGUACCUGCCCCAGGGGCUAUCGCUCUCAGGGUGUAGGACGCCCCUGUGUGGACAGUAAUGAGUGUGAGCAUGCGCCCCAGCCCUGCGCGCACCAGUGCCUCAACACCCCCGGCAGCUUCAAGUGUGUGUGCCCGCCAGGGCGCCACCUGCUUGGGGAUGGAAAGUCCUGCGCGGGGCUGGAGAAGCUGCCUCCCAGCUACCAGAGCUUCUCAUACGGCUACAGCUCCUCCCAGGACUCCCCUGAGCGGAGCGCCUUCCAGCGCCAGUACCACAGCCUGGCCUCUCAGAGCUACCCCUCCUACGCUGCCACAGGGGGGCGCUAUAGGCAGCGUAGACGCAGGGAGGCCCUGGCCUGUCCGCAGGGGUACGAGGCCAGGGGUGGCCGUUGCCUAGACAUCAACGAGUGUGAGGUGAGGGACACGUGCCAGCAUGAGUGUAUGAACACUCCAGGGAGCCAUAGGUGUCAGUGUCCAGCCGGCUACCGCCUCAUGACCAAUGGCAAGACCUGCCAAGAUAUAGAUGAGUGUCUGGAGCAGAAUGUCCAGUGUGGGACCAACAGGAUGUGCUUUAACAUGAGAGGAAGUUACCAGUGUAUCGAUACACCCUGCCCACCUAACUACCAGAGAGACCCAGCAACAGGGUUCUGUCUGAAGAAAUGCCCUCCCAACGACCUGGAGUGUGCACUAAGCCCUUACGCACUGGAGUACAAGCUGCUGUCCCUCCCCUUUGGCAUUGCGGCCAAUCAGGACCUGAUCCGGCUGGUGGCGUACACGCAGGACGGCGUGGUGCACCCCCGUACCUCCUUCCUGGUGGUGGACGAGGACGUGACGUUACCCUUCGCCCUGCGAGACGAGAACCUGAAAGGGGUGCUGUUCACAACCAGGGCCCUCCGAGAGCCCCACACCUUCAGGAUGAAGGUUCGCUCCCUGUCCUACAGCGCUGACGGAGGCAUCGAGUACCAGACCACCUUCAUCGUCUACAUCGCCGUCUCCGCCUAUCCCUACUGAGAGCACUUUAAAGGGAGGGGGGGGGGCACUGAAAAGGUUGCGACCUCUGUAUGCAGCACCACUGCGAACGAGCAUGUGCGUGGAUGUAUGUAUGUAUGUGUGUGUGUGUGUGUGUGUGGUUGGUUGGUUGGUAAAGCUGCCACAUAAGUAAAUGGGAACUAGUAGAAAAAGACUGUUCGUAUAUGAGAACUACUAAGGUGGGACAGGAGAACAGCACUGCAAUCCCAGGAGGCAGAUUAGGAGAUGACUCAACACUCGUCCCUGGUGCACACCAAAGAGUUUACAGAAUAGCGAGUUCCCCUCGGAUGGAAGCAAACAUCUAUUUAUUGGCCAGAUAUCCUAAGUAGAAUCCUGUUCUCUCCAAUGUUAAGGGGCUUUGUGGAACUAUAAUGAAUUGUUUGACCCUCUUGUACUUUACACUGCCCUCUCCCAUCCACAAGGUGUUGUGAUCUUUACAGAUGACCCAGACUGCUUCUCCAGGUCCCAUGAUGAGUCCACCGUUGGUCCAGAAUGUAGUCUUCCUCCCCUCCUCCUCUCCUCAGGCUUAAAGUGGUAGAGACAAGAAACAUUAGCUAGCCUUUAUUUACAUCUGCCUACUAACUUAUUGGGAAGUGCUUGAAUACCAAAAAAAAAGGGUCAGUUCCCUCCUUUGCGUAACUCUUUGGCUGGUUGGUCGCAAAAUGUUGUGACAUCAGACCGGAGAACAGAGCAAGUCAUUUGAUUGGUCUGAAAUGGUGCCUGUAGAGACUUGUUGGCGAGAGGAGUUUGGCUGUGUAUCAGUCAGACUUAGAUCGACAUUGCACCAUUGUAUCACAUCUCUAUGGUAAAACUCUUGCCCACCUCAGGUAUUCACCCCUCUUCCUCAUCCCCAGAGUACACAACACACUCCAUUACCUGUGUGUCCGAUAGGAACAGUCGUGGUCAUUACUUCAUUACAGUCAAUACAAUCACAACAUUAAAGGUUCAUAGGAUUCUUUUAACCACUUCCUCCUUAGUCAGUUACCAAGAUGUAUUCUAUUUUUAUGAUUUGUAUAGAAGUGUUGGAUUUUUCUUGUGAUGUAUUUCUAUACUGUAUUUUACUGUAUUACAUUUUUAUAAAAAAUAAAAGAUAUACAAUCAUGAUAAGAGGCGUUUCUGUGACUAGUUAUCUGCUGUACCACAAGAGUACUUUUCACCAGUAAAUAACUCAGAACUUCAAAAUCUGUUUUCAUAUGAUUUAAUCACAAACAUGGAGUAAGGCAGUUUGUAUACCAGUUGGAUAUGUUCCUUUCAUUUUUGCAAUUGAGCAUUUUAACAUUUCAACUGCAUAAUUAUAAAAACAGCUACUAAUGUAUCACCACUGAUGAGAUUAUUAAAACAAGAAAAAAAUACACACAUUAUAUUAAAAAACAUUGUCAUCAUUAAUCAAAAUGAGGUUUCCCCAUAAAUGAUUUAUUAUGGGGACCUUGAAUGCAGAAUAGCGAGUUCCCCUCAGAUGGAAGCAAACAUUAUUUAUUGGCCAGAUAUCUUAAAUAGAAUCCUGUUCUCUCCAAUGUUAAGGGGCUUUGUGGCUCAAUAAUGAAUUGUUUGACCCUCUCGUACUUUACAGAGACAGGUUGCAUCAAAUGGCACCCUAUUCCCUAUAUAGUGCACUACUUUGACCUGGGCCCAUAGGUCUAUGAUUAAAAGCAGUGCAGGGUUACAAGGACUGGCUGCCAUUUGUGACUCACAUAUAGAGAUAAACCAGAUAGUGAUCCUCAAACAAUAAGGGCUUGGGAGGAAUGAA